AUGGUAAAAGCUCCCCAGAGUGAAGAGAGGCUGGCCAGAGGAGGAAAGGGGAAUAACUCAGUUUUAGCCUGCGGAGCCGAGGCCUCUUAGGCUGACGCAGCGGAGGUUCCAGGCACACGCGGCCACUGCCAGGAGGUUGCCAUGCCCCACAUUCCCGAGGACGAGGAGCCCCCCGGAGAGCCACAGGCAGCCCAGAGCCCCACCAGCCAAGACGCUCCCUUGGCAGGAAUAUUCCACGGUCCACCUGCAAUCGUCCUGACCGGGGAUGCCAGUUCACCAGGAGAGGCCGACAGGUCCCUGGCCAACAGAGAUCACAGUCCCCACAGGAGGCUUUCUCACCGACACCUGAAGGUCUCCACUGCACCCCUGACAUCUGUGGACCCUGCGGGGCACAUCAUUGACCUGGUAAAUGACCGGUUGCCUGACAUCAGCAUCUCAGAGGAGGACAAGAAGAAAAACCUGGCUCUCUUGGAAGAAGCCAAGUCGGUGAGUGAGCGAUUCCUGACCCGGCGUGGGAGGAAGUCCAGGAGCAGCCCUGGAGACUCCCCAUCAGCUGUCCCCCUGAGCCUCAGCCCCGGAGCCUCUCCUGUGCCCUCUAGGAGCAGCUCACUGACAGUCCCCACCCCGCCAGGUUUGGAUGUGUGCAGCGGCCCACAGUCCCCUCAGCCAGGAUCACCACCACAGAAGCGGGAUGAGGCAGACAUCUCCUCACCUCACCUUGGCGAGCCUAAUGUCCCCAAAGGGUUAGCUGACCGGAAGCAGCAUGACCAAAGGAAAGUGUCUCAGGGCAGGAUGGCUCUUCAAUCUCCCCCUGUUGAGAAGUCCAAAGAGCUUGCAAUAGAACAAAAGGAAAACUUCGAUCCCCUCCAGCACCCUGAGACCACACCCAAGGGCCCAGUUUCUGGCACAAACAGCAUUGGGAAAAUGGCCCUGAACAGCCCCCCGCCUGUCUCAGCUGAGAGUGAGCCGGGGAGGCAGCUCCCAAAGAUGGCCAGGGAAGGCAACCCUCUGCUGAGAAGUCCAGCCCAGGGUUUGGGAGGAGUGGUCUCACCAGGCACCCAGAGAAAAGGCUCCACUGGAGACCCCCCAGCAUCCAAGGUUGGCCCCAAAGUCGAACUGCAGCCCCCUGAGUCCCGGCCACCCCUGAUGCGGGGGGUCUCCUGGGACAGUGGCCCCGAAGAGCUGGGUCCCCCGUUGCAGAAAGUGCUUGCUAAGCUGCCAGUGGCAGAGGAGGAGAAGUGCUUCCCAGGCAAAGCGAGUGGCAAGCUGGCCAAGGUGCCAGGGCUUAAAGACUUCCAGAUACAAGUGCAGCCCGUGCGGAUGCAGAAACUGACCAAGCUACGUGAGGAGCACAUCCUAAUGAGAAACCAGAACCUGGUGGGCCUGAAGCUUCCUGAACUGAGCGAAGCAGCAGAGCAGGAGAAAGGGGUCCCUUCAGAACUCUCCCCAGCUACUGAGGAAGAAGAAUCAAAGAGUGGCUUGGAUGUCAUGCCCAGUAUUUCUGAUGUGCUGCUGCGAAAGCUGCGGGUCCACAAGUCUCUCCCAGGAAGUGCACCUCCACUCACUGAAAAGGAAGUUGAGAACGUGUUUGUACAACUGUCCUUGGCCUUUAGAAAUGACAGCUAUACCCUGGAAUCUAGAAUUAACCAGGCUGAAAGAGAACGCAACCUGACUGAGGAGAACACUGAGAAGGAACUGGAAAACUUCAAAGCUUCCAUUACGUCUUCAGCGUCGCUCUGGAACCACUGUGAGCACCGUGAGACCUACCAGAAGCUGCUGGAGGACAUUGCAGUCUUGCAUCGCCUGGCCGCCCGCCUCUCCAGCCGUGCUGAGGUGGUUGGGGCCGUCCGCCAGGAAAAGCGUAUGUCAAAAGCAACAGAAGUGAUGAUGCAGUAUGUGGAGAAUCUGAAGAGGACGUAUGAGAAGGACCACGCAGAGCUCAUGGAGUUUAAGAAACUUGCAAAUCAGAAUUCAAGCCGCAGUUGUGGCCCCUCUGAAGAUGGGGUCCCUCGCACGGCGCGGUCCAUGUCCCUCACGAUGGGAAAGAACAUGCCCCGCCGGAGGGUCAGUGUUGCUGUGGUCCCCAAGUUUAAUGCCCUGAACCUGCCUGGCCAGUCUCCCAGCUCAUCACCCAUCCCCUCCCUAUCAGUUCUGUCAGAAUCACCCAACGGGAAAGGCAACCUAUCUGUCACCUCAGCACUGCCCGCACUUUUGGAAAAUGGAAAGACCAGUGGGGAGUCAGACUGUGAAGGCCCAGCUCCCGUGCGGCCUCCAGUUUCCCUGGAGGUCAGCCAAGAGACCAAGGCCAGGAUGGAGGAAGAAGCCUACAAUAAGGGAUAUCAGGAAGGUUUAAAAAAGACCAAAGAACUUCAAGACUUGAAGGAGGAGGAAGAAGAACAGAAGAGUGAAAGUCUUGAGGAACAUGAAGAGGUAGAAGAAACUGAGGAAGAGGAAAAGGACCAGAGAAACAGCAAACUUGAACAAUUGGUCCAUUUCUUACAAGUCAUGUAUCCUAAACUCUGUCGGCACUGGCAAGUGAUCUGGAUGAUGGCUGCAGUGAUGCUGAUCUUGACUAUCGUGCUGGGGCUCUAUAAUUCCUAUAAGUCUUGUGUGGAGCAGUCUGAUGGGCCCCUUGGAAGAUCCACUUGCUCCACAACCCAGAGGGACUCCUGGUGGAGCUCAGGACUCCAGCAUGAGCAGCCUACAGAGCAAUAG